AUGUAAAGGAAUGCCGGGCGCAGGUCAUCCCUGUCACUGCUAUUCGUUUGGUCAGUUUGUUGUGAAAGUUUCCAGUAUUUCCACGGAUGUUUCAACGGUUUUUCGUUGCUGCGUGUUUGUAAUUUUACCGAUGUAAUAAGGAUGACUUGACUAAUUUGGUAUGGCAGAAAACGUUAAGGUCAUAGUAAGAUGUCGGCCUAUGAACAAAACAGAAACUCAACUCAACUGUCAGUGUGUGGUAAAAGUAAAUAACUGCGUGGUAGAAACAUGGGACCCCAACGAUGGUCCAGCUUUUGCAAAACAGUUCACCUUCGACUCGACCUACGGGCAAGAGUCCACUACCGAAGCUAUAUAUAACGAUAUCUGCUAUCCACUCGUUGAGAGUGUGUUAGAAGGAUACAAUGCCACCAUAUUUGUAUAUGGUCAAACCGGCUGUGGGAAAUCGUUUACUAUGGAAGGAAUAAAGGCAGAAAACAGUCCCCAAAAGGGAGUGAUCUCUAGAGCAUUUGAACAUAUUUUCGAAGCAAUAUCUGUAACUAGCGGAGUGAAAUAUCUAGCUUUAGUAAGCUAUUUGGAGAUAUACAAUGAACAAAUAAGAGACUUAUUACUGCCAAGCGACAAACCUGUUGGCUCUUUAUCGUUAAAAGAAACUCCAAAUGAGGGCGUUACAGUUCCAGGUUUGUCAUUAGUGCCAGUUCAUAACGCAGCCGAAUGCGAGAAUUUGUUAAAUGUAGGCUCAAAAAACCGGAUGAUCGGUGCCACUCUUAUGAACCAAAAUAGCUCAAGAUCUCAUAGUAUUUUUUCAGUCAGCGUAGAACAAAUUAGUAAUUUAAAUAAUAAUGAAAAUAUUAGAAAAGGUAAACUAAAUUUAGUAGAUUUAGCUGGAUCUGAAAGACAAACUAAAACAGGAGCAACUGGAGAAAGACUGAAAGAAGCCACAAAAAUUAACCUAUCCCUAAGUGCUCUUGGAAACGUCAUAUCUGCCUUGGUGGAUGGCAAAGCGAAACAUAUUCCUUAUCGAGACUCAAAACUCACAAGGUUAUUACAAGACUCUUUGGGGGGAAACACGAGGACGCUGAUGAUAGCAUGUGUAAGUCCUUCAAGCAGAGAUUACAUAGAAACGUUGUCAACGUUAAGAUAUGCGAAUAGAGCUAAAAAUAUUCACAACAAACCGAAAGUAAACGAGGACCCAAAAGAUACAAUACUCCGCCAAUACCAAGAAGAAAUAUCAAGACUAAAAGCUCUACUAGAAAACAAACCGACGAUAAUAAACAACGACAUCGAAGUAGAAGACUUAACGAUGACACCUGAAGAAGAAAUAAACCGAAACGUGCCUUCCACUGUCGCCAAUCCAGACUUAGAUUCAAAACGAGACAAAUUACUCGAACAAUACCAACAAGAAAUGAAAAAGCUGAAGUCCUUACAUGAAAACGAGAAGAUAGAGAAAGAAAAUAUCAUCAAGCAGAUACAAAAGAUCAAGGAGGAAUACGACGAAAAUAUAAAAAAGUUAAAUACGGAGAUAAGUGUGAAUAAAAAGAAAGAAGAAACGUCGGAGGAUGAGAUAUUGAAGAGGAUGGAGGCCCUGAAGGCGUCGAUGAUCGGAGGAGAAAAAGCAAAUGACUACGAAUUGUCGGAGAGACGAAAACGGAAGAAACAAGCAGCCGAAGAAAGAGCAAAUGUUAUUGCUCAUUUACUGGCCAAAAUUGAAAUGAACGAAGAUAGAGAACUGCUCCAUAACCAAUACAGGGACAUAAGUCAGGAGCUCCAUCUAAAAACGGACGUUCUUAGAAAGUACAGGCACAAAGUGAAAAUAAUGGAGAAGGAAAUUAGCGAUAUUCAAAGCGAAUUCGAAUCCGAGAGGCAAGACUACCUGGAAACGAUAAGAAAACAAGAACGAAAUAAUAAACUAAUUAGCCAAAUUUCCGAUAAACUUGUGGGAACCCUCAAAAAAGAGUGUAAUUACAGUGAUUUAGAAGCGAUAAAGGAACAAGCGAUAUGGUUAGAGGAUUCCCAAAAAUAUAGACUUCCCGAUUUGGUUAUACCAAGGACAAGAUUACCUCCAGCCGGACGAACAUACGAUAUUCAGACUGCUCCAGGUCGUUUAGAGAGUGACGAAGAUAUGAGAGAAGAAGAAACCUCAGUAAACCAUUCUUUACUAAAGCAGCGAAUGGACGGAAUCGAGAGGGAAAAUAUCAUCAGCAAUUAUUUUCAACCACCAACAAAAAGGGUCAAUGAACUUUUGAGACAAUCUGCGAAAUUGGAUGCUGCGACGGUUAUACAAACGUGGAAAGGCCGAAAUGGUCGUGUAACUUUUCCAGAAUUUGCUAGAAGAAAUAAAUCCACAGAGGACUCUGAUCGACGAAGUUCUCCGAAGAAAAAACACAUAUUUAAUGGAAAUGGCUACGGACCCAACCUUUGGCUCAACGGACAUACAACACAUCACCACGACCACAACAUAAAGAAACCAUUCCGUCUGGAAGCUCUGCCAAAUAUUGUCAAGAAUCACACAGGGAGACUUAACACUUUGGAGUUUUUAUAAAGACACAAUAGAUUUUUUACAUUUUGUGAUAAAAAAAGUUUGAAAUAUGUAUUUAAUAUAAAUAUUGUUAUGUGAAUAGGUAUAUAAUGUAGUCCAUUUACUCACGGUUUUUGCCCCGAAUUUUAAAAAACCGCUUGGAUUGACAUGACGUUUGGCAUACACAUAGCUAACAUGUCAAAGAAAAAAGUGAUAUUGUGCCGAUGUGUGCUUUUGCCAUGGGGGUGAAAAAACAAACGUUAAAAUUAAGUCCGUAAGUGAAUAAACUGACUAAUUCUAAGCAACUUUUGUUCUACAGAGUCCUUUCGAGUGAAUAUAUUCAUUUUUCAACAAAACACGUUUUUAGACGGUUUUUCGCAGAUAGCUCAAAAAGUAAGUAUUUUAUCGAAACAAUAUUCUUAGCAAAAAUAUAGCUUAGAAAAAAAGUGAAAAAAUGGUGUAAAUAUGAACUCUGUGGACCCAGUAGAAGCAGAGUUGUAGCUAAUAAAAAGUAGGUCCAAUUCGAAUAUUUCAAUUUGAAAUAACCAAAAAAUGAAGCACAUUUCGGGAAAACAAUCAACAUAUUCACUAACAAAUAACUCGAUAAGUGUUGACUUGGUGAAAAAAACUCUAUAAGUAGGGCAAAAGUUGCUUAAAAUUAGUCAGUUUAUCCACUUACGGACUUAAUUUUAACGUAUGUUUUGUGACCCCCGGGAAGAGGUGGUAUUCACCCCCCAGGGCAGAAGCACACAUCGGCACAAUCUCAAUUUUUUUUCUUUGACAUGUUAGCUAUGUCUGUUAGCUAAAUUUCAUGUUAAUCCAAAAGGUUCUUUAAAAGUCGGAGGUGUUGCAAUAUUUUACCCUGAGUGAAUGGACUAAUCUUCAGUAGGAGGGAUUCGAAAAAUCAUAAUUUGCAAACUUAAUAAGAGUUAAUUAAAAAAAAUUGAAAUAAUUAAAAAAUGUUCUUG